AUGACUGACGAUAUGCAGCCGAAAGAUGCGAAACCUCACCACCUCGUCUUCGUCGCCGAUCCCCAAAUAAUCGAUCCUCAUUCCUACCCAGGUCGCCCCUGGCCUAUCAACCCUCUCACAGUCCUCAUUACCGACAACUACCUACGACGCGGCUACCGAGCCAUGCAGCGACGAUUACACCCCGAUAGCCUGUUCUUUCUCGGCGAUCUUUUCGACGGCGGCCGCGAGUGGAAGACCCGUGAGGGCAAGUUCGUCGAUCCUAAAUGGGGGCGUGGGCGGUCAAAGGAGGAGAAGAAGUUGGUUCAGACGUGGCACGACAAGUACGGCGAGGACUUCUGGUUACACGAGUAUGAGAGGUUUGGAGAUAUCUUCUUCGAGCACUUCAAUGACGGUGGAGAAGCGCCUGGAGCUUGGCAGCGAGGACGGAAGCUGGUGACGAGUUUACCUGGGAACCACGACUUGGGUUUUGGUGCGCAGGUCCAAGUUUCUGUGCGAGAUCGAUUCAGCGCAUUCUUUGGAGAUGUGAAUCGUGUUGAUGUUGUUGGAAACCACACGAUUGUGUCUGUUGACUCGGUCUCUUUGAGUGCGGAUACUUCAGAGUGGAAGAACCAGCAUGAUUUGCAGCCUAUCUAUGGACCUGUGAAUGAGUUUUUGGAUGGCGUCAAGACAUUGAAGAGAAAAGCGGUUGAGGAGGAGUUACGCCAUUAUUACGACCUCCAAGGAGGUUUGCGAUAUCCUCACCAUGUUGAAGAGCUGGAGAGGUCCAAGCCAACAUGGGGGAACAGCCCCGAAGCAGAAAAGGCCGACGGACCCGACUUUCCUACGAUUCUUCUCACUCACGUCCCGCUAUAUCGAGCCCCUGGAACACCCUGCGGACCUCAGCGAGAACAUUGGCCACCUGCCAAACCCCCAAAGGGGCAGAAAGAGCCAGUAUUCCCUGAUCACCGAAAUGCCCUCAGCGUCGUUGGUGGAUAUCAAUACCAGAACGUGCUCAACGAAGAUGACUCAGUCAAGCUGGUUAAAAAGGUGGGCAACAUCAAGCAUGUAUUCUCAGGCGACGAUCACGACUACUGCGAGGUUGUGCACUCAGACGCGAAAGAGAAUGUGCGGGAAAUCACCGUCAAGAGUAUGAGCAUGGCCAUGGGUGUUCCUACACCGGGUUUCCUCAUGGCGAGUAUGUACAACCCUGUUGAUGCACAGGGCAAACCACUACCUGGAGCGCCAGAGCAGACGAUCCAGACUCACUUGUGUCUUUUGCCGAACCAGAUCCAUACAUACAUGGAGUAUAUCGUCUUCAUCGUCGCAACGCUUGUUCUUCUCGUCGUUCGCGCUGCGCUUGUACCUGCGCUCUCACUCGCCCCUUUCGCUCUCGAACCCGAGAAGUCAUCGCCUUCAGCUGUCCUGCCUAUGUAUAAGGACAAGAUGGACCCCCCUGAGGCAUCGUCAUACCGCAACACCACAUCUUCAGGUACUUCAGCGCAUCACCUACCCUCGCGCCUAUCAGCCGCAGCACCUCGGAAUGGGCGAAGCACAUCCCCCUCUCAGACCUCUGGUCGAUGGCAGGCUCGUCGUGGAGGACGGAGCGAUAAGCGCUGGGGCUGGGGGUCUGCAGGCGGACCACGAAUCCAUCUCGACGAUAAUCUCUUCAGCUCAAGCGUUCAGGAUCAACGUAUCGGUGGUAAGAAGGCUCUCAGUGUUAUCGGUCGGGAAUUAUGGACGACGACAUGGCGUGUUGCUUGGAUGACAGUCUCUUUUUUUGCAUAUCUUGCAUGGAGAGGAUGA